AGUCAGUGAGAGCUCUUAGUCCAGUUGGUCUGGGAGGAGCUGUGCCUGUGGACAUGGGAUCCAAGCUGCUGUGCCUCUUCCUCGCCUCUGUCAUCCUUGCUUACUACAUCUACAGUCCCAUGCCAGAGGACUUUGAGGAGCCCUGGAAAGUGAUGUUCAUCUCGGCUACUCUCAGGACUCUCAAACACCUGGCUGAGGUUACUGAGUAUCUGGGUCUGCAGAACUAUAUGGAAGUUUUGACGCUGAUCACAAAUACCGAAUAUGUCAUGCCCAUGUCUGAUGAAAAUGUCACUGUGACAGACACAGAGUUCAACAACACUACCGUCCGUCUGUACUUGCCCAGAAAGGCAUCUGAUGGGCUGAGGAGGGCAGUGGUUUACUUCCAUGGUGGAGGAUGGUGUCUGGGACAGGCAGGCAUGAAAUCCUACGAUCGUCUGACAAGGCGGACUUCAGACAUGUUAAAUGCUGUCGUGGUAUCAGUCAACUACAGGUUGGCACCUAAAUAUCAUUUUCCCAUCCAGUUUGAAGAUGUGUAUUCGGUAACAAAGUUCUUCCUCCAGAGCAGUGUCCUCUCCCAGUAUGGGGUGGACCCAGAUCGGGUUGGUGUUGCAGGAGACAGUGCAGGUGGCAACUUAGCUGCAGCUGUGGCACAGCAGCUGUUGGAGGACCCUGAAGUCAAAAAUAAACUCAAAAUCCAAGCUUUGCUUUACCCUGCUCUUCAAGCCCUUGAUCUGAAUUUGCCAUCUUACCGAGAAAAUGAAAACAAGCCCAUUUUAUCCAAGUCACUUAUAAUCAGGUUCUGGAGUGGGUAUUUCACUUCAGAUUUGUCUCUUAGGGAAGCAAUGACCUCAAACAGGCAUGUCCCAGUUGAAUCGAGCCACUUGUUUCAGUUUGUAAACUGGAGCAACUUGCUGCCUGAGGAGAUGAAGAAAGAUCAUGUCUAUGUUAGUCCCACCUAUGGCAGCUCCGAGCUUGCCCAGAAGUACCCAGGGUUUCUGGAUCUGAGGGCAUCCCCUCUGCUGGCAAAUGAUGCCCAGCUGCAGAAGCUGCCCCGCACCUACAUUCUCACCUGCCAGCAUGAUGUCUUACGGGAUGAUGGAUUCAUGUAUGCCAGGCGCCUCCAGAGAGCAGGCGUUCCUGUCACGCAUGACCAUGCCAAGGAUGCCUUUCAUGGGGCAAUAACGUUUGUCUCAUUUCCAGCUGAAUUAGCUGUAGGGCACCGCCUGUUUAACAGAUAUAUUGAGUGGUUAAAUGAGAAUCUAUGAGCUGAAAACGUUGCUCUGCUCACCUGGCUCACAUUCAGGGGGUGUGAUGUUAAGGUUCUUUCCAACCCUAGCCAUUCUAUGAUUAAGGAGAAUAGGAGCUAUGUGACUUCUGGGGCGAUUGCUGUCUUCAUUGUGUUGCCCUGAAGCAUCUGUAUUGCAGCAUUUCUUCUGUAGCAGGAAAAUCAGUCUGAUUCUAAUCUUUUUUUUUCAGUGCUGUUGUCUGAGCACAGAACUACAUAAACUGUGCUGGGAUUUAUCUCUUGGCCAAGACCAGAAGAGUUGGUGUGCCUGACCUUUCCUGUGCUUGUUUGAGCCCUAGGCUGAUACAGCGUGUGGGACCUGGUGUCCUCUGUUAGCUGCUUCUUGUUUCUUCGUAUCACUGGCUUGUGCAAAUGGGCAAGGUGACUGCACACACUGGGUGCUUGGUGGCCACUUGUUCCCUGUCCCCUUCAGCAUGCUCUCUGGUCCUGUGGGAUGCACUAACGAGGCCUCACUGCUGCCACUGGGUGAUGGGGUGAGCGUACGUGCAGGGACCUGACUUCACAAAGUACAGCUUGUGGAACCCUGUCCAUUGCAGGCAGUCACUAGGUUUCUGCUGUUGUCUUCCUCUAGCACUGCUCAAGGGAAGUGCCUGCUUGAAAACUGAGAGGGAUGGCUAUAACAGUGCAAAUGUUUGGGAGUUUUUUGUUGUUGUUCUGUUGGUGGUGUGGUUUGGUUUGGUUGGUCCUCUUUGUUUUGGGUUUUUAAAAAAAAAAAGCAAGUAUCUGUCUGUCUUGGUAGGUAAUCACUUUCUUAAAUCCCUGUACUAAAAGGAAGUAGUGUAACAAAACAGCACUGGAUAUUUAUAAGAUAAAGAGACUGUCAAGGUCCUAGCCUUUCUAUAGCACUGCUGUGUGUUUUAUGCUCUACUUAUUUGAUAAUUUAUGUAUUAUGUGUUCUAAUUAUCCUUAAAAUUGUUUAUCAUGUUUUACAUAUGAUUUUUUUUUAAAUAAAAUUAGCUUAGCUUUAU